AUGGAACGACAGGGGGACCAAGAUGUUUGCAUCAUUACUACGGGGGACUUCCCGCAUUUUACGAUAGGCAGCUUCAUGUUAAAGGCCGAGUUCGACGACGGCGGUGACUUUUACAGCGAGAAGGCGAAGAACGAGCUGCGCGAGACACCAGAGGUUGUCGUACAGGCGUUGAAGGACUUCAAGGCGAUGCUCAAAGGUAACGGGGAGUACCGUUAGGAAAUGGCAACCAUGGUAGCGCCCGUAAUGUUGAUUCCACGGCCAUCUGGAUGUUCGCUGGUACGACCGCGAGACAGAGGGAAGUUGCGUGAGAAACAGCCACUCCGAUAGUCCGUGACGUAGGAAAAUUUGGAAGUGAUGCUCGUGUAAUAAAUAUUUUACACGAUAGUUCAUUCGUGAGUAGCUUCAUAGAAAAUUGAAGUAGAGGCUGUUUGAGGCACAUCUUCAUUGGUAAUCGGGAGAAUCUUUUCGUGGACAGGAAUGACAUUCGAGGAAGCGAUUUGAAAUUUUAACACGUUACAUACGUGAGUAGCUGAUUUAUGAUUAGUUUGGUGGAAGGAGUGA